AUGAAAAUCUCGAUCUAUCUAUCUGGGCUCCUUGAGGUGGUAAUCUAUUUAUCUAUCUUCCCAUUCUUCAUUAUCUAUCUAUCUAUCUAUCUACCUACCUACCUUCGAAUUCUUAUCUAUCUAUCUAUCUAUCUAUCUAUCUAUCUAUCUAUCAUCUCAUGUUUUCAUUAUCUAUCUAUCUAUGUUCCCAUUCUUCAUUAUUACAUAAAUGUUACAUCUAUCUAUCUAUCUAUCUAUCUAUCUAUCUCAGUUUAUUCUCAUCUAUCUAUCUAUCUAUCUAUCUAUCUAUCUAUCUUCGCUUUCUUUCAACAAAUCCACAUGUCCAAUUAUCUAUCUAUCUAUCUAUCUAUCUAUCUAUCUAUCUAUCUAUCUAUCAAUUUCCGCAUUUUUUGCCUAUAUAUUUAUCUUCGCAUUCUUUAUUAUCUAUCUAUCUAUCUAUCUAUCUUCACAUUCUUCAUAAUCUAUCUAUCUACGAAUUCUUUAUCUAUCUAUCUAUCUAUCUAUCUCAUCUGUUCAUAUCUAUCUAUCUAUUUAUCUAUCUAUCUAUUUGUCUAUCUAUCUCAGUCUGUUCAUAUCUAUCUAUCUAUCUAUCUAUCUAUCUAUCUAUCUAUCUAUCUCAGUCUGUUCAUAUCAAUCUAUCUAGCGUCUGUUAUCAUUAUCUAUCUAUCUAUCUAUCUAUCUAUCUAUCUAUCUAUCUAUCUAUCUCAGUCUGUUCGUAUCUAUCUAUCUAUCUAUCUAUCUAUCUAUCUAUCUAUCUAUCUAUCUGUCUCAGUCUGUUCGUAUCUAUCUAUCUAUCUAUCUAUCUAUCUAUCUAUCUAUCUAUCUAUCUAUCUAUCUAUCCCAGUCCCUUCAUGUCAGUUUAUGAAAGACUAUUCAUAUUAUCUAUUUAUCUCUGUUCAUGCCAAAAUUAGUAAUAUCUAUCUAUCUAUCUAUCUAUCUAUCUAUCUAUCUAUCUAUCUAUCAUAG